AUGAGAACAUCCACGAGUCCACUCGUGCACUCCACUUCUUUGACCCGAAAAUGUUUCAACCAUUCUCUCUCUUUUCAAUUUCGUACGACUAGUUUCAUCACCCGACGAAAUAUCAACACUUCUACUACCACCAAUACGAAUCAUACACCCAACGCCACGACUCGAAAUAACAACAAUGAAAAAUCAUCCAAUGACAAGGCUCAUCCACAGCAGUCCGAAAGUAGUACUAUUCAUCAUUCGAUCCAUUCAUCAGAAAAUAACAACCUCACAUCAAGAAUAUACAAUAAUUACAAAACAAACCAUCCAACCAAAGUCAUGACCCAUCCUUCUCGUUCCGAAAAUGAUUACUAUUUAUAUAAAAAUGUUCAAUUUAAUUUCUCGAUCGAGCCUUCCAAAUCAUUCAUUUCAGAUACUGUCCGAAAUGAAAUUCUCAGUCAUGCUCGUAAAGGAGAUGUUCGUAAAGUAUUAGAAUUACUUGCUUCUAUUAAACCUUCAGAAACAUUCUCGAUCAAAGAAAAGGAAGAAAUUGACGCUGAAAAGGAUCUUAUUAUUCAUACCUUAAUGCUUGCAUAUGCUAAAAAAGGAGAUGUUUCAAAAACUGAAUUUUUAUUUAGAAAGUUAAAGAGUCCAGACAAAAAAUGUUUUACCAUAUUGUUAGGAGCCUAUGCUGAUAAGGGUAUGGUUGAGAAUGCAGAACAAUUAUUUAGCAAAAUUACAAAACCAGAUGAAGCAUGUUAUGUAGAAUUAAUGAGAACAUAUUCCAAGAAGGGAUUAUUCCACAAAAUACAAGAACACUAUUCAUCCAUCAAUUACAAGUUAUUGAAUAUUGAAUCUAUUCAAAAGAAGAACAAUGAUGAAUCUGUGGGUACUAUUGAAUCAACAACAAGUGAUCAUACUUUUGAGAAUACCAAUGGUAUUCAGAAGGGAAUGAAUCCAUCUGAACAUGUAUCAUCUUCCUCUCUAUUAAUGGAUUUAUGCGAAAUGGUCAAAACAGAAUACGUUUCAGCGAAUCGCAUACAAAUGGAUGAAUAUGAAUAUUUACAACAAAUAUUCACCGUUGUUGUUGCAUUUAGAAUGCAUGGAAUGUUAAAGAACAAGGAAUAUGGAUUGUUAGAUGCUACAUUUAAACGUGUUUCAAAAUAUAUAUUUACUCAUGAUUUUACGAGUUCUAGUAGUACUAAAAUGAAUACUUCUACUCUUAUCAAUACUCAUAUGAAUACUAAUAACAAUAUGAAUACUAAUAUGAAUACUCAUAUGAAUACUAAUAUGAAUACUCAUAUCAAUACUAAUAUGAAUACUCAUAUCAAUACAAAUACUAGUAGUAAUAACAAUAUGAAUACUCAUAUUAAUACAAAUACUAGUAGUAAUAAUUCUACAAUGAUUCCAUCAACUAUUUCACAAAUACCUAAAAGUCAUAUUAAUAUUUUAAAUAUUUAUUUACAAUCUCUCAUUCAAAGAAAAGCUCCAUUGGAUCGAAUUGAAUCAUUUGUUAAACAUUACAUUUCACAACCAGAUACAGUAACCUAUCAUUCACUACUUGUUUAUUAUUUUGAAUUGAAUAUGCAUGAUAAAGUGGAUAAAUUAUUUAAACAAAUUUCAAAAUUAGAAGAUUUGGAUACUAAAACGAGAAAUUAUUUUGCAAGUACAAUCAUGACCAUGUUGUAUCGACAUGGAAUUUAUCACAAAGUUGAGAAAAUAUUUAGACAAAUUCAAUCACCAGAUUAUACAUGUUAUAAAAUUUUAAUGAAUACCUAUAUCCAACAACGUGAUACGUACAAGAUGAUGCAAUUAUUUAAAGAAAUACCAAAUGAUAUGAUUGAUGAUCAAUUAGUAGCAGAUAUGAUGGCAAUGAGACGUUGUGUCGUUACCAAACGUGUAGAUAAGCAGAUUCAUCAAGUUGUGGAUGAUUAA